ACUGUGCUGCCUCGAGCCGUCUCACCGGUUCUCGCAAUCAUGUCUUCGCAAGUUCAACAGGAGGAAAUGUUGGAGCAAAAGGUGCCUCGUAUCACCUACGCCGACGAUGUCGAGAAUCGCCCUCGUACUGCAGCACGUCUAUCGCGUCGCUUGUCUACGGACUCGAUGUCGAUUCGCUCGAUGUCGCGCCAAAGAUCUGUUGACCCUUCGCUGGCUCUGCCUCCACAGUUCAGGACGAUGUCUUUCGAUAUCGAGCAGAGCAAGGCGAGGAACGAUCUACCUGUCAAGGGUGCGGUAGAGAAAGAGAGUGACUUUAGCAACUACGACCUUCACACCAUUCCCAUCGAAGAAGUAUUCGAGCGCUUCUCGAGUUCGCCUACCAGUGGUCUAUCUUUGGACAAAGCCAUGGUCUCGUUAAGAGACGUCGGACUCAACAAACUUACCGCACCACCAUCCAACUGGUUCAAGAAAACCGUCACCUACCUCUUUGGAGGCUUUGGUAGCAUCCUGUUCGUCGCAGCCAUUAUGGUGUUUGUUGCUUGGAAGCCUUUGGGUGACCCUCCUGCACUUGCCAACUUGGCGCUUGCGAUCGUCUUGGUACUCGUCUGGCUCAUCCAGGCAGCGUUUAGCUUCUGGCAAGACUUCUCCAGUGGUCGUGUCAUGGCCUCGAUAAAUACUAUGCUUCCUGACAAUGCAUUGGUGUUGAGAGACAGUAGCUGGGCAAGUGUCGAAGGAACCAAGCUUGUACCUGGCGAUGUCAUCAAGAUCACCAUGGGUAACAAGGUACCGGCAGAUGUAAGAUUCUUCGACGUGUCUUCAGAUGCUCGUCUGGAUCGAUCCAUCUUGACUGGUGAGGUCAAGCCUUUGGUCGCAACAACUAAAUCUACAGAUACCAACUUCCUCGAAACCGCAAAUAUUGGUCUUGCCGGAACCAAUUGCACCACUGGUACGCUGCAUGGUAUUAUUAUCAGUACGGGUGACAAUACAGUCUUCGGAAAGACCGCGAGACUUACCAGUCACUCCAAGCAAGGUCUCACACCUCUCCAGAAAGAGAUCUUGUUCUUCGUCGGCGUCAUCACUGCUCUCAUGAUUUCCAUGAUCCUUCUCGUCAUCAUCGUCUGGGCAGCUUGGCUUCGAAAAGACCACCCUGGUUGGAUAUCGGUCCCUAUCCUGAUUGUAGACUGUGUUUCCAUCGCUGUCGCAUUCAUCCCCGAAGGUCUUCCAAUCGCUGUCACCGCUAGUCUGACCAUCACAGCGGGGAUAAUGAAGAAGAAUAAAAUCCUGGCAAAGUCUCUGAAGACGGUCGAGACACUUGGAGCUGUCAAUGUCAUUUGCUCUGACAAGACCGGAACAAUCACGAAGAAUGAGAUGACUGUUACCGAUUUCUGUAUUGGUUAUCACCCUCAUCAAGCAUCGAAGGCAGCUCAAAUGGUUGACCAGAGUCCAACCUUGGCUCGCCUGGCCAUGCUGAGUGGUGUCUGCAAUGCUGGCGAAUUCGAUGCCAGUACCAGGGAGAAGCCAAUUGCUGAACGCAAAGUUCACGGUGACGCUACCGACAGAGCAGUAUUGAUGUUUGCCGAAAGCAUCAUUCCUACUGCCAGACUUCGUAGCCUCUGGCGUACAGUCUACCGCAUCGACUUUAACUCGAAAAACAAGUUCAUGGUCAAUGUCUGUCAGAACGACAAUGAUCCCCAGCAAGGUAUUCUUCUGACCAUCAAGGGUGCUCCCGAUAUCCUUGUUGGCAAGUGCUCCACAUACAUGGACCAGAGUGGCAAGAUUCAAGAGCUUGGUAAUGAAGGUCGUUCCGUCAUUGAGACUAUCAAGAACAGAUGGUCAUCUCAAGGCAAACGUGUGCUUCUUCUUGCCCAAAAGCCAUUGAGCAAUGUCAAGCUCAAUCCUCAAGAGCACCCGCAGGUUUAUGAGGAGUACAUCAUGGCCAAUGUCACUUCUGGUUUGACUCUCGUUGGUCUCGUUGCCAUUGUCGACCCUCCCAGACCCGAGAUGCCCGAAGUCGUAAGGACACUGAAGGGUGCCGGUAUUCGUAUUUUUAUGGUCACCGGUGACUUCAAGCUCACUGCCAAAGCUAUCGCUACCGAGUGCGGCAUCAUCAGUCAGGAAUGCGAUGACAUCCAUGCGCUAGACUAUGAUGGCAGCUUGCACGAGUUCAAUGGCUCAAAAGAAGGACACGUCCAUUUCAGUGAAUCCGCCAGAUCGAUCGUCGUCACUGGAGCUGAGAUUAGAUCCUUGGAAGAUGACCAGUGGGACAGGCUCUGCCAGUACCAAGAGGCUGUCUUCUCUCGCUGUAUUCCCGAAGACAAACUGAUCAUAGUCAAGAACUUACAAAAGAGGGGACUGAUCACGGCCAUGACUGGUGAUGGUGUCAAUGAUGCACCAUCGCUCAAGGCCGCUGAUGUCGGUAUUGCAAUGGGUUCUGGUUCGACUAUUGCCAUCGAAGCAGCCGACCUUGUGCUCUUGGACUCGUUCGCGGCCAUUGUCGAGGCUGUCAAAUAUGGCCGUGUGGCUUACGACAAUCUUCGCAAGACAAUUUGCUACCUUUUGCCGGCGGGUUCUUUCUCAGAAUUCUGGCCAGUCCUUACAAACGUCGUCUUUGGCCUGCCUCAGGUCCUGUCGUCUUUCCUCAUGAUCAUCAUCUGUUGCUUCACAGAUUGUGCAGCUGGUGUGGCUCUAGCGUACGAAGCGCCCGAAGCGGACGUAUUGAAUCGCCCUCCUCGCUCCAAGAAAGAUAGACUUGUGGAUUGGAAGCUUAUUCUGCACGCCUAUGGUUUCGUUGGUGUGUUUGAGACCGUGCUGUCUUUCACAGUGAGUUAUUGGUUUGCCCAGCGCCGCGGCCUGCCCUUCUCAGAGUUGUGGUUCGGCUUUGGCAAGAUCCCGGAUGGCAUGACACAGGACAGCGUGAAUGGCAUCCUCAACAUCGCAUCCUCGAUCUACUUUGUCAACUUAGUCGUCAUGCAAUGGUUCAACUUGAUGAGCGUGCGCACUCGCCGACUCUCGCUGAUCAACCAUGCACCCUGGAAAAAUCCGUAUCUGUUGCCGGCUAUCAUCUUUUCAAUGCUGAUAGCCAUCUUCUUCUUGUACGUGCCCAAGUUCCACAGCGUUCUUGGCACUUCAAUUAUACCGGUGGAGUAUUGGUUUUUACCUUUCGCUUUCGGAAUGGGCUUGCUCCUGCUUGAUGAGACAAGGAAGUUCCUGGUCAGAAAGUUCCCAAGAAGUGUCUUCGGGAAGAUCGCCUGGUAGGGGCAGGUCGCAAUGCCGUGAAUGGACGAACCCUGUAGAUACUGGCAUUGAGGUUCCACGUACGUAGUCAAUCCAUGUUCAUAGACACACACAGGAUUAUGGUAAAUUCAGAAAGGUUGUGCCUACCGA